UUAUCAAUCACUGGCGUUAGUUAUAAGUGCAGUGAGCUGAUAAGGGCGUUCAUCUGCACUCUCUUCAUGUGCGUGUAGCUAUAUUUAGUAGCCAUUCACAGCUUGUGUCGUGGCAGGGCAGAUAUAGAUCCACGUAAUAUCCUUCUUAUGUAAUGUUGAUGAAAUAUCAGAGAAGUCUCAAAGAACGAUUUGUUUUGGUUUUUGAACCGCACUCAAGUUAAAUGUUUUUUUUUCUGAGCCUCUCUUCGGCCUAUACCUUCCGCGGGAAAAAAAAUCAUUCCAGAUCCUAAAGAUUUGUGAAUCGCAAAAUAAAAAUUACAUCUGGAAGUGAAAAAUGGAGGAAGUGUUCGAGGAACAGCUGCCUGGUGAAACACUGGAUCAUUUUGCAAGCAGGAAGGUUACACCCACGCGAUGGGAAAAAAAUAACUUCCGCUCUAAGACUGAUGACAUUGUCCGCUGCUUACAACAAAUCUCUCACCCCUACUCUGUGAAGAAGGUGAUAAAGAGUGGUUCAGUGGGUAAGGGCACAACCAUACGUGAUAUAUCAGACAUCGAUCUUAUCGCUUUCUUCAACGACCUGACAUGCAUCGAGGACCUUAUAGAUGAAAGAAAAGUACUGCUCGACAGCAUUCAGGGUGCACUGCGCCGGUCGCUUGGUUUAAUACCAAAGAAACGAGACAAAUACAUUUUGUCAUACAUGUGGGACGACUUCAAGGUGGACAUUGCUCCUGCGUUUGACGUCCUGUCUGAAUAUGAAUCACCUUUCGAAGUCUAUCAAAUGAUGGAGGAGUACCCGAAGAAGGUAGCUGCUCUUCAGUUCUCAGCAUCUCUGGCUCCCCUUCAGGUUUCAUUUGUCAAGCCUGUACCAGAACAGGUAAAAAAAGUCAUUCGUCUCCUAAAGGUGUGGAAAGAUGAGAACGACCUUGGCAUCCGUUCCUACAGCAUUGAAAUCCUGACUAUAUAUAUCUGGUCCAAGAAAUGUGAGGACAACCCAGGUACUGAUCACCUCUUUCGUGAGGUCAUGAGGCAGCUGGCUACGUGUGGUACCCUCUGUGUAGCCCUGGACGACAAUUAUAAAAGCUCAAGAUACACUCGGUACAUGAGGCAACCCUACAUUCUGGACCCAGCGAACCCGUACAUGAACACCCUUCAUGGGGUGUCCAUCGGAACAGUCUCAGAGUGUGCCAAGAGAACCCUCAGAUCGCUCAACCUCAGACUUCAGGAAUGGUAGUGCGGACUUUUACCAUGCCCCUAGUACUAUUCCCUACUUUGUAUAAAGGACAGUAUUCACCGGGUGAAUCGCCCCAUGAACUCCCUGUAUUGGCAAACAAGUUUGGACUUAGCUUGUUGAUUAAAGUAUUAUUGUCUUGAACUUUCGCCUUCAAGCAAUAGUCUUACUGGGACCUUAACACACAGCUUUGCCAAACUUGAUUCAACUAUAUUUCCAUGACUAAAAAGGGCCUGUAUAGUCUUCAUACCUCCAUCCAUGAGUACUUUUAGUUCAUGAUGCACAUAUAAAAACUUGUUUGUCUUCCACAUGAACGAAGCUCCACUCGCACUUUGCACACAAACAAGAUUUUAACUGUGCUGCUCAUACUAAUCUUAUUUUCACUGCACCACUAGCUCUUUUUUCACUGAACAAAUAAACAGCUUUAUUUGUUAAACACAAAAAGCACAUCUAAGUUUCAAUGGUAAAAAUUUAUUUUAAUGUAUAAGAAAUUUAUUAGCACCAAGUAUUUUUUUUAUUACAGGCAGAAGUUUUCUUAUUAUUAUUUAGACCCAUAAACAAGUAGUUUGCUUUAUUAGUCCAUAUUAACAUGCUUCUUAUUGUUACCAUUAGUAGCUUACUAUUUGUUGCACAUAUUUAUAAUUUUAGGUGUUCAGCUAAUUUUAGAAUAUACAUAUCAGUAGUUUUAGUUUGAACUAUCAAAAAAAUGGCUUUGGGGGCAAAUCUGUCUUUAAUUUGUCUGUAAUUUGUCUUUUUAUACUUCAAAUAUCGUAAUAGUUUAACAGAAUAGAAGUUUUGGGAAGGAUGCGUGUCUUAUCUUAUACUUUUAGUAUUUAUAUGUAAUAAAUUCCUGUGAUAGUUCUAA